ACUUUAGUCUUUGGCUGUCUCUCGAGAUUUGUGCAUUUAAAGAUUGAAAAAGAAAAAUGAAGUACUUGUGUCUAUUUAUAUGGUUAAUCUGGUUAGUUCAGGCGAAUGCAUCUGUGGGCGAUUUGCCCACAUUUACGGACGUCUGUGCCCUGCAGGGCGAUUGGUGCACUACCAGAUGCCAAAUAGCUGGCGGACGUGAUGGCAUUUGCAACAAGAUGCAGCUAUGCAUCUGUAGGCCGCUCUAGUGCGCAUUUGAUUAGAAACAAAU